AUGUCGGUCCGCACAGUCGAGCCGGCUUCGAGUCAGUGGACCUUCACACAAGGCCUGAUCCUCGGCCAGGCCAGCUUUCUGCUGCUCACACUGGUUUUCAUACGCUAUGUCGUCUUCUCGCCUGCCGAUAGACGGGAUGGAGAGGACUGGAGGAAACGGAGAGAUGAGCGCGUACGAAAAUCACUAGCCGCUUCCAAUAAGCUACCGCCGCCACCUCCAUCCCAAAUCCUGGCGAAGACGAGCUAUGAUAUGUCGACUCACGCCGCGGAGUCCACGGGCUGGAUCAAUGUCCUCUUUGCUCAGGUGAUGCAGGGAUACCGGAACGAUCUGCUUUCGGCUGGAGGAGAAGAAGGGGCAAGGGUGAAGGUGGAGAAGUGGCUGAAUCCAGAAAGUGGAGCGAUGAGCUGGCUGGAUCCCAUCAAAGUGACUUCAAUAUCAUUAGGCACUUCAUACCCCUUGUUCUCAAAUGCGAGAAUACGACCCGCGGACGGGCAAGGGCAUCUGAGAGCCGAAAUAGAUAUGGACUACUCGGACGCAGUCUCAUUAUCACUCUCCACUGCCGUUCUCGUCAACUUCCCUCGACCUCGGUUCGCCGUCCUCCCCGUAUCACUAGGUGUCGAGCUCGCAGCGAUAGGUGGAACACUGAGCGUACAAAUACAUGAUCCUGUGGAAGGACGACAACACCUUCACGCCUGCCUUUUGCCCGACUUUCACUUGAAUCUCAAAACAACAUCUUUACUGGGAUCUCGAGCGAAGCUGCAAGACAUACCCAAACUCGAGCAACUCCUCCUCUCCCGUAUCCGCUCACUCAUACAAGACCGCAUUGUCCACCCCAAGACCUUCUCCUUCUCCCUCCCUCAGAUCCUCAAUAAUCGCACCAACCUCUCCUCCAAGGAGUUCAUGGCCGACCUAGGCGAAGAAGCCAAGGAAGUCAUGUCCCAAGCUGUCCGGCAGGGUCUCGGGCAGAUCGUGAAUGACCUCGGCCUCGGCGGGGACUCGGCGGAGACUUCUCAAGUCGGAACGGAUACGCGGGGGACGUCACUUGCUGGCGGUACCAACGGGCCGGAAAUGCGGGUGCAUUCCGCUACGCCUUCCGGAGCUGCAGGAGGAGGCGGGGGAAGGAAGAUUCAUAUGCCAGCUGGAUUCCCAGGCGGUUCGUCCUCAUCCCGCGCGACGCCCUUGCCCACGCCUGGCGUAGGCGGAUCAUCGAGGAUACCCCAGCCUUCUUUCAGUGGGGCAUACCAGACGCCCGGAGCCGGACCGGGAUCAGGUCUAGGCUCGACAUCCGCAUAUCGCAAUCCGGCGAUGUAUGCCGCGCAGCGGAAUUUGCCAUCUGCUGGAGGAGCUGCUAGUGGAUCGGGGGAUGAUGCGUUUAGGUUCCGAGGGCAGUUUGCGAGUCAGCCGGGCACGCCGGGUGCCGGUGGGGCGGAGGAUAGGAGGAGGGUGGGCGCGCUCAAUAGUAGAGCUGGGUGA